GGCUAUUCAUAGUAGAAAUAAUGUGUCUUCUUGCAUUCGCCUAUGGUGUUCAUGUCAAAGACACUGACUUCUCUUUUGAUUGAGCUUUCUGUUGUAUGGUCAUGAAGGGUGUGAUAGUGGAUGGUGGUUAGGGUGAGAGGGCGGUCCCCUGGACCUUUGGGGUGCUUUGAGAUUGUCCUAGGAAGUUGGAGCCCAGCAUUAGUGCUUGAGCUGGAAGACUUUGUGCCCUGAUUGUUUAGGGUCUUUCUUUUCUUUUCCAUCCACUUGCUCCUUGCCUUCUGACCACUUGCACUGUGAGUCCCUACACCAGGAAUGAGCAGAGGAAGUUAAAGGACCUGAAACACCAACUUCACCAACUGGAAGUUUGGAAUGAGGAAGAUGAAGCUGAUGGCUUGGGUUUCCUGUGAAUUUCAGUUUAGGCACCUGACUUUUCAGAGCACUUGCAAUUAUCCUCAAGAUCAAAUGAUGACAAAGGGGCCUGGGGCCAGCAAGACUUUGUGCUUUGCUUUGGUAGAGGAGCCUUCGGCUGGAGAUCGAUGAGCCUUAGUCUGAGCCAGGGUUUUAGAUCUUUACAUCUAGUACAGAAAAGUACAUGCAUAUGAUGAGGUCUUUGUUGGUGUUUUGGUCUUGGACAGGUUACGGUUUUCAGUAACCUCACUCAGGCGAGGGUCCUCCUGGCCAGGGGUAGGGACUAGCAUUGCCUGGAAGCUGCUCUGGGCGAGUAGUCCAGCAGACUUUGUUUCUCCUGCUUCCUGCUGCUUCAGGGGUCAUCUGACAACAUUGCAAGGGAAACUGGGUCAUCAAAAUGUGAACCUUGUGUCCCUGCCUGGAAGUCAAUCCUUAAUUUUGUUCUACAGCCUGCUUCUCACUAGAAAGCAUCCUGUCUAUAUAGAGAACUGGUGGAGGUCUGAGAGUCAGGAAUAUUGCAGCUAACUACCUUGGGUCCAUAUUUUAUACACGAAGAAAUGGAGGCCUCAGGUGGGGGAUUAGCUCACCCAUGGCCACAGCAAAAGAUGCAGCUCAUUGUCCGACACCAUGGGCUGUGUUGGCCACUGGUGGUGCUUGAAUGGCAGGUCUCACUUUCUGUGCUUCCUGUUGUUCAUUCCAUCUCUCAACCGAGUGCCAGGAUAGGUGGGGAUUAUCGUCUUGUUGGAGAACCUGAAUGCACCCUCAGGUAUGUGUGCUUGUGCACGCCGUUUCUCGGGAGUGUGUGUGACGUUUGGCCAUGAGUCUGCCCAGAUGUGGGCCUCUGAAUGGCAGAUGGAUAGGCAUCUGUGAUUCUUACUUUCUUGGACUAGAGGGUCACCCUCCUUCAUUGCUAACUUGAAGAAGGUUCGUUUGAGGGCUAGUUGGGAAGGCAUUGACUUUAAGUAAGGCCCACGGUUCUGGGUGUAAUGAGUGAGCACCUCAGGGGAAAGGCACUGGGCACCACUCCCUGGACAGGCCAAGCAGCACAGGGCAGUUAGUGCCAAGCUUUAUUGCAUUCAUCUCGGCCUGCCAUAAGGUCUGAUACUUUAGGGUCCCCAUCUGGGAGAUGGAGGUGUCUCGGCAGAAGAAGAGUGGUAUAAAAUCUUGCAGUUCUCUGGGGGUCAGGACUGCAUUGUUCUUGGCGGAUUGCUAGCCUUUCUGGGAGGUUACCUUCCCUCAGAAGCCCACUGUUGCCACUCUUUGCAAUCCGAGGUUUCAGAUACCACGUUUCUUUGAUUCUUCAGUCUCUCACCCACUUAGGCGUUUAGAGCAUGAUGGUCUGUGACUGAUGGUGCAUGGGAUGCUAUGUCUUUAUCGAGAGCAAAAGUCAGUUACUCUGUCCUGAAGUGGUUGAUUGACUUCUAGAUGGAAAAAGACAGGUUUUUGAGCUUGGUGUUGUUACAGGAGCUCCUCUCCUGGACAAGAGAUGCGGCCCAUGGACUUUGUGGAGGGAGACUGAAGGAAAAGGAGAAGAGUCAGAAGACUUUGGAUCUGUCAGGGAAGAACUAGUCAAGAGAGAAAACCAGGGUUUUUGUGGAUGAAAAACAGUUUAGAGGCUCUUGAGUUAGGGAAGAGAUUGUCUUGGAGAGGGGCGUGGAAACCAGAGAUCUCCAGACCUGGGUCGAUAACCUGUUGGCCAUUUCAGGAAUCAGAUCAAUGAGCUGAGCAAUGUCCCCGUCCCUGUCAUGCUAAUGCCAGAUGACUUCAAAGCAUACAGCAAGAUCAAGGUGGACAAUCAUCUCUUCAAUAAGGAGAACCUUCCCAGCCGUUUUAAGUUUAAGGAGUACUGCCCCAUGGUGUUCCGGAAUCUCCGGGAGAGGUUUGGGAUUGAUGAUCAGGAUUACCAGAAUUCGGUGACACGCAGCGCCCCUAUCAACAGUGACAGCCAGGGCCGAUGUGGCACACGUUUCCUCACCACCUACGACCGGCGCUUUGUCAUCAAGACCGUGUCAAGUGAGGAUGUGGCUGAGAUGCACAACAUCUUAAAGAAAUACCACCAGUUCAUUGUGGAGUGUCACGGCAACACCCUUUUGCCGCAGUUCCUGGGCAUGUACCGCUUGACCGUGGAUGGCGUGGAGACCUACAUGGUGGUCACCAGGAACGUGUUCAGCCAUCGGCUCACUGUGCACCGCAAGUAUGACCUCAAGGGCUCCACUGUUGCCAGAGAAGCGAGCGACAAGGAGAAGGCCAAGGACUUGCCGACAUUCAAAGACAAUGACUUCCUCAAUGAGGGGCAGAAGCUGCAUGUGGGAGAGGAGAGUAAAAAGAACUUCCUGGAAAAACUGAAACGGGACGUGGAGUUCCUGGCCCAGCUGAAGAUCAUGGACUACAGCCUGCUGGUGGGCAUCCACGACGUGGACCGGGCGGAGCAGGAGGAGAUGGAGGUGGAGGAGCGGGCAGAGGACGAGGAGUGCGAGAAUGACGGGCUGGGUGGCAACCUGCUGUGCUCCUACGGCACGCCUCCGGACAGCCCCGGCAACCUCCUCAGCUUCCCCCGCUUCUUUGGUCCUGGGGAGUUCGACCCCUCUGUUGACGUCUAUGCCAUGAAAAGCCAUGAAAGUGCCCCCAAGAAAGAGGUCUAUUUCAUGGCCAUCAUCGACAUCCUCACGCCAUAUGAUGCUAAGAAGAAAGCCGCGCACGCUGCCAAAACAGUGAAGCACGGGGCGGGGGCCGAGAUCUCGACUGUGAACCCUGAGCAGUACUCCAAACGCUUCAACGAGUUCAUGUCCAACAUCCUGACGUAGUUACCUUCUACCUUCAGCCAGAGCCGGAGAGCCGGAUGUGGGGUCGGGCCAGAAAAGGGAGAGGGUGUAUUUGGGCUAGAUGGGAGGGUGGGGAGCGUGGGGAGCAGUGUAGGGGGAGGGGAGGGCUUCAGUGAUGAGACUGCAGCCUGUGACAUUGAAAGACUCUAGCUGGGGAGGAGGGGAUGUGCUGUGUGAGCACGUACCCACAGGGUGUAGCCUUGAUCUUUCCCCCAUUUGACCCAGGUUGAAAAGGGGUUUCCUUUUUGUUCCCUUGUAACCUUUUUAACAAUACGUUGGGGCUAGAGAUGACUUUGUGGGUUUAUGUGGGUUUUGUUUCUGAAAUCUCAUUGCUCCAGGUUUGCUAUUUAUAAUGAUGUGUGUCAUCACCCCAUCACCCUCCCCAUCCCUGCCCUGCUCUCGGUUCCCUUCAGUGAAAGAGGCACCCCCAUGGACCCGGCCAAGGGGCCUCUCAGGGCCAAGUGCUCUGUUGGCAGAGGAGAGGUCAGACACUUCAGUCCUGCUGCAUUUGAUCUUGUCUGGAUUAACUUUUUCAUUUUAUGGAGUAUUGUGCACAAACUUCCUCCACCUUUUCACCUUGGAUCCAAGUGAAAUGUUACCUGAUUCCUCCAUCUAAAUGCUGUCCUCCAAAUCAACAGCAGGCAUCUUGGAUCAGAAUCAGAGAUCUCACAGGGGCGUGAGUUCAUCCUCAUGGGAUGGUGAGGGGUGGGGGUAGCGGCUGGGCUCUUGGACAGCUGGUUCUCACAGAACCCUGCGAUCAUCACCCACGCCUCUGAGCUCCUUUGGCCGCUGGAGUUCAGAUGUCCUCUGUCUAAAGCCUGCCUCCCGUUGGUCAAGAGGAACUAGAAAGCAUCUUUAGGUACAGCAGGAGCCUUCAUGCUUCGAUGGUUAUUUCCCCUUGGGAAGCCCCCAGAACCUGAUGAGUAUCCAGUGAGGCCUUGUGCCCUCCAUCCAUUGACUUCCUCCUGACCUUCUCCCACGCACCCUCCCUUGUAGUUGAGCUUUUAGCUGGGGGAGACCUCCACGUGCCUGGGAUGCUCCUUGCAGAGAGGCCUCCUCAAGCCCCAGGGCCACCAUGUAGAUAAUCUGAUGCCCUGUGCCUGUGGUCUGUCCCCCUGGACAGUUUUGGCCAUCAGGGAGUGCUGCCCCCCACCGUGGAGUGUGGCACCCAAGCCUGAGCUUGCCGCGGAGUCACUUGAAGAUGUGACCCAGGAAAUCCAAUGUGGAGGCCUGAAACGGGAUUCGACCUGGCCCAGCUUCGGGGCUGUUUUCCUUGAUGCCCCCGUCUUAACUUUGAGCAGAUCUGCCACCCCAGGGGUGCUUCGGGAGUGGCUUCCUGCAGCUUCGUGCAGGGUCCCCACCCACCUGCUGAGCUACCCAGGCCUCAGAACUGAGCCGGGUGUCAUUCUGUGAUGCCAUCAGAGCAGUCUGGUCUGGCUCAGAGAGAACAGCCCUGUGUUGGGGGAGGUACAUUCCUGCACCUUCUCACCCCCUCACCCGGAACUGGGGAUUUGGGAUGAUCUAUGGUAAAACUUUUGUAGAUAACCCCACAGGUGCGAUGAAAGUUUAUGGAAACAUUUCAAAUGGAUGGAUUGGUUUCCUGCGGCUCCCUCCAAACCUGGCCAAGUUCAGCUUCUGGAGCAGGAGCCACUGCCUCCGUGCCCUACCUGCAGCGUUUAGGUGAGGGGGGAAUGGAGGCAGCAUUCUUGGACUCCAGUGAGGCUGCUGGAACUGUUCUGGAAGAGGCAAAUAGGUCAGACAACCGCCCCCCAGCCCAGGAAGGGGCCGUAGGCAGCUCUGAAUGAUCAGCAGCAGCAAGGCCAUGAAGUGACUUGGGGAAGAACUUGGAACCAAGUGGCUCACGGAGAAAAGAGAUCUGACUUAGGACGGGAUUACAUAGGAACGAUGUUUGGACUUGAUUUCCCCACCUCCUAAUCAAGAAUGGAAAUUUGGAUCUGUCCCUCGGGAGGCCCACAUCUUCUGAGCUUGGCGGGCUGUCUCUCCUCCAGCAGAGGCCACAGCCUUGGGCUCCCACCGGCUUCCUGCGUUUGGUCUGCUGAUUAUGUUGCCAUCAUGUGUGUGAAAAGUGUAACACAAUCCAUCGGUUAAAAAUGAGCUACCAGGUAUCUAACUUCUUUAACAUUGAGUUUUGUGUUUUUUGGUGGGGUUUUUGGGGUUUUUUUUGUUUUUUUGUUUUGUAUAUUGUUUACAUUUUGAGAGUAGCAUUCUGUUUCAAAUGCUUUUUUUUUUUUGACAGUAUUGUUGUUUGGGUCAAAACAUUUGAGCUGUGGUCGGGUGGACUUUAGAUUUUUUUAAAAGGUCAUUCUCUGUGCUAUCUUCAAAACCUUGGGUUUGGCCCUCUAAUUCCUUUGGCAUUCAAAUGUUUAAAAGCUAUUUAUCUUGGUUUAUGCCAGUUUUCUUUCUCUUCUUUCUGUAAUGAUGCCGAUGUGUUUGGUUUGUGGUCUGAAUGUGGAGAAAGUGAACUGAUGGCCAAGACUUUGUCUGCCCCCACUCCUUUCUCAGAGCCCCACUUUCCUGCUCUCCCUGCAGAAGGCAUCCAAGAGCAAAGGACUACCCUCAGCCUUCCUCUCUGGAGCCCUGAAGAAAAGCUCAGCUGUCCCACGGCACACUAGAAUAAUUUGGGGGUCUCCUAAGAACCAGGUGUAAGGAUAGGACGUGACGGACUGGGUGAAGCCCGGGAUGGGGGUCAGGGCAGGAUUCCUCUCCAUUCCCCCCACCUUGACCACCUAGCCAGUCGCAGCUUCACCCGUCCUGGGAGUCUGGGGCUGAGAAACCCAGGCUGGUCCUCUGAAGACUCCGCGUAGACCACUAGAUGAAGGCCUCUGGCCCUUGUUCCUAUUAGCGAACCACUGAGUCUUUGUCGUCCCCCCCCCCCCCCCCCCCGUGCAAGCUCCUUCCCUGUGCCCUGCGGUUUGGGGGUACAGGGCGGGCUGGGAAGCCAGCAGUUCCGGGAGCGGACUGAAGCAGCGCUCCAUCUCUCCUUAUCUAGCUCAGGGGUUACUGGUCUGUGGCGGGUGCUACGAGUCGCCCCUGUGGCUGUUCUCAGUGGCACCUUCUAAGUUCCCACCACAGGCAGCUCUCCCUCCCCUCUCCCAACUCCUACUGUUUCUCUCGCCUGUGCUUUAGGCCUCAAACAGGUCCCCUGGUAGCGCUCAGGGCUUGGGACUAGACUCCUGCCCUAGUUGACUUUCCCUCUUCAGUCUGCCAGGGUCUGCCCUGGGGAGGUGGACCAAAGACACAGGACUUCUCUCAGUAGCCAAUCCCCACCCCCCCCCAAUUGUCUUACCAAUUCAAGUUGGGAGGGAAAAAAACUUCAGCACUCCCUAGCAUCUGAGCUACUCGAGUGUUAGGGGCAGAAGGGACAGUGUGUUUAAAUGGCCCUUACAGCUCUGGCCUUAUAUGGCUCCCCCGAGUCUAGGGUCCUCACUUCUUUCUGGCAGAAAUGGGGGGGCGGGGGUCCAGCCUGAGCACAGAAAUCAAAGGGAAAACACAUCCGAGCAACUGCCCCCAAACCUACCAGCCACCUGCAGGGGCAGUGACUGCCUAGCUUUCCUCUGAGAUGUGCCACGUACGAAGAGUGCCUCCAGAGGGAAGGGGAGACUCAGCUGUCCCCAGCGAGUUGUGCCGAGAUGCUUCAGAGGCUGGGGAGGAAACUUCCAGAGGAGUUCCUUCCCCCUCGCUCAGAGCUAUUUUGUGAGUUGUGAACCAACAAACAGCCUUUAGGGGGAGGCCGGUACCGCUCAGCACACCUCAACAUCAGGUCAAAUCAUUGUAAUCAAAAAAUGUGAAUGAAGCUGAGAUUCAGCUUUUGGGGGAGCAGGAUAAAUACGACCCCUUCACGUGUGUGUCACUUCUCGGUUCUCACCGCACUCUCCAUUUUUUAAAUAGGAAUUUUCAACCCCUUGUGCUUGUCUAAUGUCUGCUCGGAACAGUUCGAGACACUGUUACUGUUUAAAAAUGCAUGCAUGUGAAGAUGAAUCUCCAACCCAAGGAACAAAUAAAACUCAAAAAACUUUGUGUACA